CUUCUAGUGUGUGUCACUGAUUAUUUGAUUUUGAGUUUUGGUGCCGGAGAAGCUUUCUUAGAUGACAAUAAAUUUAUUUUAUUUUUUUUUUAUUUUUUUUUUAAAAGAAAAUUUCUUUUUUAA